GCUGCGCUAGCAGGUCAUUUUCCACCAUGUCACAUCCUUCUGGAUGAAGGCAGCAGGGGUCAGGACAGGAAAUGGCAAAUUCUCAGAAUGAGACAAGGCUUUCCCAGGGCAGCCAUUGGUUCUCUGGAACUAUAAAGCACACUCAUCCAGAAACGGCCUCAGAUUGUACUUUGGUUCUCUGGAACUAUAAAGCACACUCAUCCAGAAACAGCAGCCAGAAGUGAAAGAGCGAAGGCCUCGGUAUUGGAGAAGCCUUCUAAGACCACGCCCCUCCCAGUUUAAAUCUUAUUUAACACACAGCUGACGAAACCCAUCGUUAGCGUUCCCUGGGAGACAAGCAGAAGAUGGCACCAUUCCCGUUUCCAUUAUGCAGAGAUGAGGUCCUGAGAACGUGUGGGGCUCCACCCGGAUUCCGGAACAGGUCUUCUUGGAGAGCCUGAGCCACGAUCCACCGCAAACAGACCCGUUCCCCUAGCGUUGCAGGGGACGCUCCGCUGAACGCGAGCCCGGGAAGCGGGGCGGGAGCGGGGGCUGGCUCGGAGACUGCAGGCUGAUCGCUCGUCUGUGUUCCCGCAGGGCAUGGAGAGGCCGCAGGGGCCCGACGCGCUGCGGCGCUUCCAAGGGCUGCUGCUGGACCGCCGAGGCCUGCUGCACGGCCAGGUGCUGCGCCUGCGCGAGGUGGUCCGACGCCUGGAGCGCCUGCGCAGACGCUCCUUGGCGGCCAACGUGGCCGGCAGCUCGCUGAGCGCCGCGGGCGCCCUGACCGCCAUCGUGGGACUCUCGCUCAGCCCCGUCACUCUGGGAGCUUCGCUGGUGGCGUCGGCCGUGGGGCUGGGGGUGGCCACAGCCGGAGGGGCUGUCACCAUCACGUCCGACCUCUCGCUGAUCUUCUGCAACUCCCGGGAGCUGCGGAGGGUGCAGGAGAUCGCGGCCAGCUGCCAGGACCAGAUGCGCGAGAUCCUGAGCUGCCUUGAGUUCUUCUGCCGCUGGCAGGGCUGCGGAGACCGCCAGCUGCUGCAGUGCGGGAGGAACGCCUCCAUCGCCCUAUACAAUUCUGUCUACUUCAUCGUCUUCUUUGGCUCACGUGGCUUCCUUAUCCCCAGGCGGGCGGAAGGGAACACCAAGAUUAGCCAGGCCGUGCUGAAGGCCAAGAUUCAAAAACUGGCCGAGAGCCUGGAGUCCUGCACUGGGGCUCUGGACGAACUCAGCGAGCAGCUGGAGUCCCGCGUCCAGCUCUCCACCAAGUUCAGCCGUGGCCACGACCUCAAGAUCUCUGCUGAUCAACGUGCAGAGCUGUUGUUCUGAGAACAUCCUUUCCUCCUAAUGACCGAGGCCAGCAAAUCAUCCCCAUGGGAUGCUCCAGAUUUUGUAGCUCCCUUAGGAAAACACCAACUUGGGUUAGGAGCUGAAGGCAAAAGAUGAGAAAAACUGUUUUUGAAAUGGGUGGGUUCCCACAGCCCUUCUUUUCCCGUCACUGUGACAGCUGCCUGGGCUUGAGUGCUACAGACUUUUCAGUUGUGUGAUCCUAGUGGAAGAAUGUGACCCCAAAACUGUUUUUUUUAAUCAAAACCUUUCUGUCUAAACACAGCUGGACAGGCACUUCUGUUUUAAAGUUAUUUCAGGGUCCCUGACCCUGCCCUGGUGGCUUGAGCUGAGACUAGAGAGGGUGCCACCCACUGGGUCCUUGCCAAGUCCUACUAGUCUUUGAAGUCCUCAAAAUGCCCGUGAGAGGAGGCCCUUGCCUGUCUAGCUAGAGUUUCUGAUACAAAGAACUCCAGAAUUCAGAGCAAAUCAGCCCUUCUCUGAACGUUGUAGGACAGUUCAGGACCCAGAGAGGACCCUGUUCCUCUUCGCUUUCCUCUCAGCUCAUCCACUCCCAGAUGCAGCCUGGGUAUGGCUCCCAGUCCAGACCUCCAAGUACUCAGAGGGGAAGCCUGCCAAACCAUCUUCUAAGUCCUGCUCCCUCACGUGAAGCAGCUGAGGCCCUGAUAGACGGAGCGACUGAUAAUCUCAUUUCCCAACACCAUUGUGUUCAGAAGAGAGUGAUGGGUUUUGAGUUAGACCGUCCUGGGUUUGAGACAGGGUUUGUCACUACUGUGUGAGCAUAGCCACCUGAUCUCUCUGAGACUGUGUAAAACAAAGAUGAUAAAACCUCACCCUGUUGUGAGACGUUGAAUGAGCCAAAGUGCCUAGCAUAGUGCUGGUUCACAUAGUGUAGUCCCUGGAAUGGCAAAUUAACAUCACCCAGGAACUUGCUAGAAAGCAAAUUCUUGGACACAACCCGCCAAUUUAUGGAAUCAGAAACUCUGGAUGUGGGGCCCAGCAACCUGAGUUUAAACAAUUUCUCUAGGUGGUUCUGUGGCACACUAAGGUUUGAAAACCACUGCAACAAAUGCUAACUUCUAAUCCCCUCAAUGAGCUUUCACGAAGUCUGACAAAAGACAGACUGUCCCAGGAGCCAGAGAGAGAAUGAUUGUGUGUGUGCACGCGCAUGUGCAUCCUGGGGCAGUGUCUCACCAUAUGAACUAAGGGAUGUAACACUAUAAAACCAUUAGAGGGCAGUGUUUCCCACUUAUUGUAGAAACUGGUACAGAAAGGAAUGUGAAGUUCCCGAAACUGAGCUUUCUCUAUUAUUACCUUCUCUGAAAAUAGCCAGUCCAUGUAUUUUUUAAUUUAUUUUAAGUUUGUAAUUUAAUUAUUGUUUAUUAUUUGCAUUUAAUUUUAUUAAAUCACCACAUUUAGAAAAUAAUAAGAGCAAGUUUCUAAAUGGGAGACUGCUGAGGCUCUUUGCAAGAGAUGAGAUUAAGUUUCUAAGGCAAGGCAUGAGCUGGAAACAGCAUUGCUUUCCUUGAAUGUCUGUCUCCUUCAGGGGGAUUUUUUUCCUCUAGUGUUUUAAAUGAUCCAUUUAAGUAAGCGUGGAGAAUGUCGAAUAGCAAGGCCAGAAGCUGAGUUUAAGCUUGUAAUGGAGGCUUGCAUUGUGUGAUGUAUACUGAGGAAGCAUAUUUAUCCUGAAUGUAUUUUGCCAGAAGAUAACACUUGACCUGGAAAAAGAACCUGUUUAGUUCAGGAAAAAUAAAAAUUUAGAGAUAUGUGAAGGAAGCACUUAGAGCUUGCAAGCCCAAUGUCCUAUGAAGUUAUGUCUUAUGGGUGACAGAAUAGCAUGAUUUAUGGUGGUGAUGUGUUGCAUUUUCACUUUGGGGUAUGUAAGAAACUGUCAGUGAAAAUACAAUUCCUUCAAUUUCCAUUCUUAACAGCUGUAAUGUUGAAAAAUAAGUUGAAAAGUCUUUGGGACCAUACAUGCGAAAACUGUGCCUCUGUUAUUUAAUUAUUUAAUAUGCUAUACAUGUACCUAAUCAACCCCCAUCCUUCCCAAUGAUGGCAGUUUGUCUGAGGAAGUAUAAUCUCAGUACUGGGGUUGGGGAGAAGAGGUGAUAUUUCUAUAUUUUUAUUUUUUCUAUAAAUUGCAAUUGUCUGUAUCCUGGUUUAUUUUGAAAUGUAUAUUGGUUUAUUUUCAAGCUGAUGUCAUCUCCUAGACUGCCUCACCCAGAUGCUGGCAUUUUUUUUUGAGACAGAGUCUCAUUCUGUCACCCAGGCUGGAAUGCAGUGGUGUGAUCUUGGCCCACUGCAACCUCUGACUCCUGGGUUCAAGCCAUUCUCCUGCUUCAGCCUCCUGAGUAGCUGCGUUUACAGAUGUGCACCAGCAUACCCAGCUAGUUUUUUGUAUUUUUAGUAGAGAUGGGUGUUCGCCAUAUUGGCCAAGCUGGUCUUGAACUCCUGACCUCUGGUGAUCUGCCCACCUUGGCCUCCCAAAGUGCUGGGAUUACAGGCGUGAGCUGCUUCGCCUGGCCAGAUGCUAGCAUUUUAGGUCACCGGGCUGUAGUUCACAUUGUUAGUUGUGUUGUGGGAUAAAGGUACAACUAUUCCCUAACUCUACCUUUUAUUUAUGCUUAAGUUUAAAUUAUAUUCUUCCAAUGCCUAAGCUAUUCCCUGGAAAUAAAGUGGGCACUUCUGGAAGCAGCAGCAACAGCAGCAGCAAACUUUUCUUGUCAUUUGGAUAUUUUGGAUGUAUCAGAAGUUCUAUACUUUUGAAGUUAUGAUUUCAGUGGCCCGCUUUAUAUCUAAGGAAGAGUGUCUACUUUGGAACAAUACUUUGCACAUAGCAGGAACUUAAGAAAUGCAUUUGAAUAAUUUAAUUGACUGUUUGGCUAUCUUAAUGAGAAUGUGUUGAUAACGAAACAUCAUCCAUCCCUUUAUGUAUAAGAUUGGAGCCUCUACCAAGAUUUAGUCAAUUUCAGUUAGAUUGAUUCUAGAAACAAAUAUUUAUUCAUUUCUUUUGUGGGGAUGUGAGUAAGGCUUUUCCUUAAGGUCUUCAUUCUAUAAAUGAAAAGGUUGAAAUGUGUGUCAUAAAAGGGAAGAAGGAAGAGGGAUAUUUAGAUGUUAAGUGUACUUUACAAAAAUGUCAGAAUUUGAGAAAUAAAUAUGUUUGUACUAAAUGUUUAAGUGCUUCUUGGGUUUGCAAUCAUUUUGGUGGUUUUGUUUCACAAUAAAGGAGAUUCACUGGGUUCUGCAUUGUAAGGAUUCAGUAAAACUACAUUCUGCUCCAUUAAAAAAAUAAUCCUUAGCAAGCAUUCGGCUUCUAACUGCUUUGAUGCACUUCCCUCAGGCACCUGUCAUUUCCAAUAUGGCAAGUGUCAAAAUCAAAAGUAUUUACUGGGAGAAAAAAGAGAGGAGUGGUUGUGGAAGUCUCCCUAAAUCAGAUAUGUUAAGCCAUUAGCCAACGUGGUAUAUUUCUCAAUUAAUACUUUAGAGUGAAUUGAGACACUGAGAUACAGACAUUGUGCAGAGAUAAAUGGGGAUACGGUCACAUGUAGCAACUCUUGAGUUCAUUUUUUCCCACUGUAGCAAAAUUAAUGCCUUCCCUUUAUUGAAAUAAAUUGCUCAUUCCUCAAA